GAUUUGUUUCAAAGGCGUUACCUUCAAUACAUUUCGAUUUGUCAAUGUUCAUAAAUCUCUCUAGUAAAUAAACCAUGACACAAGACGAUAUGAUAUAUACAAUAUUACUUAUAUUGUCCCUGGUUACUGGGCCAUUAGUCCAAAAAUGUGGGAAAUAUCGACCUUGGUUCGCGGCUGUUGUAGGGUUUCUUAUGUUUUUCUGUUUUGCGGGACAAGCUGUAUGGCAUUCACUCCUGACAUCGUCUGUAUUCACAUUGGCCUUUAUUCUUUUUCCUGCAAGAUUUUUGCAUUACGUAGCUGUUGUAUGGUGCUUUGGUUAUUUGGGAUUUUUUCGAACUUGUCACUAUUUCGGAUUCUCUCAGGUUACUCCUGUCGCAAAUAUUGUGCAGCUUUUAUUGACCUUACGUUUAAUAGGUGCAUCAUUUGAAAUAAGUGAUAGUUGGCGAAUAAACAAUCAAUUACAACAUUCUGAUUUGCACCCACAGGAUAAAAGCAAACUUGAACUUCUAAAAAAAUAUAAAUGUAUCGAGCCUUCUCCACUGAUGAUUAUGUUGUAUGCCUAUUGCUAUAUUGGUUUGUUUACAGGUCCAUAUUACAAUCUGAAAACGUUUGAAGACUUUUGCAAUCGGGAUCCUGAAACCGUAAUAACUGCAGAAGAACCUCUUCUUCAACACCUUCAAGAAGCACCUCCAUUCGGUGUAGCUUAUUUAAUACUUUCUCACUUUUAUACUGUUGAUUAUGUACGCACUGCAGAAUUCUAUGAUCGACAUUUCCUGUAUCGAUUUUUUUAUAUGAUGGUUAUUUUCUUUACCUUCCGAAUGCGAAUUUAUUUUGCUUGGAAAAUGUCUGAGUGCGUGUGUAUAUCCGCUCGUUUAGGUGCAUAUCCUAAAUUAUCUGAACCUGAAAAAGGUGAAGGACCAACUAAUCUACAUGCAUUAGAUUUAUACAUGGAACAACAGGCAGCCAAUGAUGUGAAAUUAAACAGCGUUAUAAACCAGCCCAAUCAUCUUCAUCGUCAUCAAACUUCUGACCCUGUCAAUUCUGUUAUUCAUUCCACACUAAAAAAUAAACCGAAUUUUGAAAUGAAGUCAGAGACAAAUGUAAUAUAUAAUUAUAAUACAAUAUCCAACUUAAGUAUAUGGGGAUGUGAAUUCGCUCCUACAGUACGUGAAUCGAUGAAAUCGUGGAAUUGUUCGGUGCAAUUUUGGUUGGCCAAUUAUUUUUAUAGACGUUGCAAAGCUUCACGAAAUAUACGGACAUUAUGGACAAUGAUGGUUAGUGCCUAUUGGCAUGGUUUACAUGCAGGUUAUUAUUUAUCCUUUCUGGUCAUCCCACUUGCAUUAGUUGGUGAGACAAGUCUAAAAAAUUUAAUGAAUUUAUGCGCAAAUAGUCUACCAACUGGUAGUGUAUCAUUUAUUUCAUGGUUAUUAAAAAUGCGUGUCUUUGAAUAUUGUUGUAUGGGGUUUUUAUUAUUAGACUGGGAGACUACCAUUGCUUAUUGGUCCAGUAUUUAUUUUUGUAUUCAUAUCGUUUUAAUUGGAUUGAUUAUUUUCGACUAUUUUCUACGACUUAUAUUACCAGCUAAAGCAUUUAAAAUUGUAUCUACAUUAGAUUCAUCUACUGUUUCAUCAUUAUCAUCUGAUAUGUUUGUUGUUAAUAAUGACACAGUUGGUGAUCGAUCAUCAACGCUUCAUUCUCAUCAUCGUCCUAAUUAUAAAUCAAAAAUGUAAAUUAUUGCAUCUACAUAUAUUACAUAAAAAUCUUUAACUAUAAUUUGAUAAUUAUUGAACAAUGAAAAUAGCAUUUUGUGUUUCCCCCUCUUUUUUUUUUGAAAAAAAAUUGAUUUCAUUAUUUUCAUUUAACAAUGUUUAUUUUAUCCUCUUCAUAGAUAGAGUUAGUCAUUUUUUCCACUCUCUAAGUGUUAUCUUGAUAUUUUUAUUUAGGUGUUAUUACUUUAGUUGUUCUCUGUUUCGUAUUGUCAAUUCAUUUCAUUCUGGUUUUAUUAUUAUUAUGAUUAUUGGGAUUUUACCGCUUUCUUAUCUGAUGUUCACGAAUAUAUAUAUAUAUGUCCAUCAUGGAAAGCACUGCGAAAUUGUGGCUUUGUAUUUUAUAAAACAACAAUAAUAUGAGUAUCAAAAAGGAUAAUUAUGUGUUGAAUUAUUCUUAUCAGUUACCCUUUUUCUUCUUUUUUUGUAGUAUUUUCUUUUAUAAAAUUUUCUUUCUUCAAAAUACAUUAAUUUGAUACUUAUUAAUUUCAAAGAGAAGUAUUCUCAAAUGAACAAAUAUGUUUCCUACUAACAAUUUAAUUUGUAUUAUGAUGUUCAGCAAUUAUAUACGCAUACAGUUUUUUUCUGAUUAUCUCUUCUGAUAUAAUAAGAGUUGUUUCAAAUUAUAUGAAGUAGAAAAAAAGAAGAACAAGAAAACUUUGAAAGAAAAGCUUUUUUUUACUUUAAAUUUAUUUUCCUCUUUUUUAAAAUUACAAACUUUCAAAUGGAUACUUAUGAAUAACCUUAUGAAAUUCCCUAUACAACAUAUGUAUUAUCUGUUCCCUCAGAGAUAAAUAUCUAACAACAAUUUAGUAAAAUUAGUGGAUUUAUUUACCUUGUUCUUUAUCAGAAAAUUAAUACCAUAAGUGUCUUUUUUAAUGUAAGGGGUUAGGAGAGAAUUUAUACAUUUAUUCAUGGUUAUUUACUUAUCGUACAAGAAAUGCUUCGUGUAGAAAAGCAUUAACAAGUUAUAUCGUACAAAUUGGAGUGAUAAUGUUGAUAAAAAAUUAGAAAACGGUGACGGAAAAAAGAAGUGUAGGAUGAUCUGGUCAAAAUUUGUAGAGCAACGAUCCAUUUGAAUUACUCCAUCGGACAUUUGAAGCGUCUUCUAUGAUUUUUAUCUCAUUGAAACCAGCCUUCUCAAUUUUACAGGUUUUAAUAUCGUGCCACUGAUUCCGUAAAUUUGCAGAUGCAAUUAAGAAAAGAGGACGGUAAGUUGUGCUCCGAUAAUAACAACUGUGAUUUUGUUUUUCGUUAGAAAGUAGGUUAUGUUCAUGGGAAAUAUGCAGAAGACAACCACUUUUAUCCUACUUGUAAUCGAAGAAUUCUAAUUGGCUACCCAAACUAUUACUAAUGCGUAGAACCCAGAACGUCCAUCUAGAUUUUCAGCCACUAAUACGUCUGUCGCAGAAGUUUGACAGAAGCUACAUAUUUAAUGGUAGUACUCAGUCUAUGUUCCUCCUCCUAGUUUUGUCUUAUCAUUUGUGCGGAGAUUCCUUUCCAAUAGGAAGCAGUAAGUAUAAUCCGUUUUUUAGAGCCUUUAAGGAUGGAGCUUCAUGAGAGUGUGUCGAUGUAGAAAGUUUAGCUCCAUUUUCGGCCAUAUUUUUUGGGAUUUUCACUUUAAAUCAGUCUAAGCGUCCAAGAUUUAAGAGCAGUAUCUUGUCUUCUGAGAUGGUCGGAUUCAGUUUCUCAUCGUCCACUAAACUAAAUUUAGUUUAAUUGGUUAUUUUUUUAAUCAAAUGGCGCACAACUGUCAUAUUUGAAAAUCCAUGUUUAUCGUUCGAAUUAUCGGUUAUUUCCUACGGUCUAGUCUUAUGUCUUUCAUAACCCUUCCAACUAGAAGUGUAAUAUAAGAGUUGCUUGUAUCAAUUGUGGUACUGUUUUAUACUGUCUCUUGUUGUAUGAUGUACGUGAUUUUUUGACGGGUUUUCAGUUGUUCACUAAAACAAUACAUUUGAUUAUCCAAAUAAUUAACAGUCACAAUUUGAAACUGAAAGUUCAACAAAAAAGCCUUUCAGAAUUUAAUCAUGAUAGCUACUCACAAUAUGGGAAUAUUUCACGAAUUCUUUAAACGUUAGUUGUUUUACAUUCUAACUGUCUGAUUUGGUCAAAUAUCUAAUGGAUAUAAUUUACGUUAUCAAUUUUGGUUGUCUCAUCUGUAUUCUCAUUACUUGAUGGUAAAUCAAGAAAAAGAUAUCACUUUUACUGUUCGAAUAAAACUCAAUUACUUCCGAUGUGUGUACAAAAGAACAACUAGGUUUUAUACCAUAAUUUCUUUAAUUCAUAUGAUGUGGAAACUUAUUUUAUUGAUCAUGUUUGUUGUAUCAGCUGCUGUUCAUCAUUACAAUAUAAUCUUUAAAUAUAAACAGAAAACUGUAUAGAUACUUUACAUGACAUGUUAACAAGUUUCCCAUUUUUCUCAUUUUCUUUAUUCCGGAAAU